AUCGUCCGGUUCAGCUGAACCACAAAUUUCCUUAGGUUGGUAGCGCGCACCCGAGAAUCUGACAGUUGAGACCACGUUGGGAGCACGUUGGAAGUGUGUUGUUGUUGUCAUCUAUGUCAUCAUGUCACAUUAUUAUAAAUUAUUUGUGACAAAUUCUGCAAAGUAAUUAGUUUUUUGCGUUACUGGGAUGAGUAAUACACGUGCUCCGAAUUUUACAAAAUCCGAAGAAAACUUGCUCCUAUGUCGGUGGUACUGGGAGAGGGUCACAACAAAGUAUUGAGGCCACCGAUGUUGAUGUGGCUGUAAAAGAAAUUCUCGGGGCCAAACCAAUGGGGCAUAGCAGCGAAUUUGAUGGCGAUUCCGAAACAACCUCAUUCCAAAGUAACAGCGGUAUAAUCUGUCUGAUGACGAAAAUGAUGAUUGUUUUAUGCCAAAAGAUCAAACCGGAGCAAUUUCGAGAGAAGUGCCUGUUAUGGAUAAAAUAAGUGGUCCCAAUAAAGAAAGUGGUAAACAUUAAUAAUAAUCAAAUAUGGUUAUUUUUGUAGAAAAUGGUCAAACUGGGAAUUGGGCUAAAUACUCCCCCAAAAUCUUGAAGCAAAAAAAAUUUUCAGCACUCACGCCAUAUCGUAGAGGUAAAGGAAACCAGACAAGUGAUAAUUUAGAGCAAUGUGCCGCUGCCAAAGAACUUGUCGAACUAAGUCGAAAGGAAUACAUCCAAAAGGAGCAAGAGUUUAAAUUAAAAGCCAUGAAAGAGAAACAUGAACUAGAAAUGCAAAUUAUGAGAGACAAAGCUGCACUUGAAUUAGAAGUAAUAAAGCAGAACACCAAAUGAAGAUUGAAAUAUUAAUUGCCCAAAAAUUUAAUAUUUUAAAUAAUAAAACUUAAAUAAAUAAUUACAUUACA